AAUCAGGACUCAGCUUUGGGAAGAGCGCCACGCGGUGGGCGAGGGGAUGCCCUAGUAAAUUCGCAGGUCUCUUGACUCUUUCCGCCUUUGUUUACAACCCUGCCAUGAUCUCCCUCUUGCAAAAGCGAGGGCUACAGAACAGGCAUUCAAGAGUCCUGUGCUCCAGUCACAGCCUUUUCUGUUCUUCAGCUAGGAGACACCAAACCCUCAGGAAGAUUUACUAUAGCUAAGAGAAAACUGCAGCAGAAAGGGCGCGGCUACCUACUUCUUAAAUUACGUUUGUGGACCCUCAGACUCUUAGUCCCCUGCUCCCAGAUACAGCGGCCCUACCGUGGCUCCUGGCAAGGUGGCACACACUUUUGUAGUGUAAGGCUGAGGGCGGGGUUUGGCUGGCAGGUCCAGGAUACGAGAUCCUGGAAGAAAGAAAAGGUGUAGUGUUUGGGGCGGCCAACGGGCUAUGCUGGCUUGACAGGGCUGGGCUCUUCAGAACAGAAGCAUGGAUCUCGGAAUCCCUGACCUGCUGGACGCGUGGCUGGAGCCCCCAGAGGAUAUCUUCUCGACAGGAUCCGUCCUGGAGCUGGGACUCCACUGCCCCCCUCCAGAGGUUCCGGUAACUAGGCUACAGGAACAGGGACUGCAAGGCUGGAAGUCCGGUGGGGACCGUGGCUGUGGCCUUCAAGAGAGUGAGCCUGAAGAUUUCUUGAAGCUUUUCAUUGAUCCCAAUGAGGUGUACUGCUCAGAAGCAUCUCCUGGCAGUGACAGUGGCAUCUCUGAGGACCCCUGCCAUCCAGACAGUCCCCCUGCCCCCAGGGCAACCAGUUCUCCUACGCUCUAUGAGGUUGUCUAUGAGGCAGGGGCCCUGGAGAGGAUGCAGGGGGAAACUGGGCCAAAUGUAGGCCUUAUCUCCAUCCAGCUAGAUCAGUGGAGCCCAGCAUUUAUGGUGCCUGAUUCCUGCAUGGUCAGUGAGCUGCCCUUUGAUGCUCAUGCCCACAUCCUGCCCAGAGCAGGCACCGUAGCCCCAGUGCCCUGUACAACCCUGCUGCCCUGUCAAACCCUGUUCCUGACCGAUGAGGAGAAGCGUCUGCUGGGGCAGGAAGGGGUUUCCCUGCCCUCUCACCUGCCCCUCACCAAGGCAGAGGAGAGGGUCCUCAAGAAGGUCAGGAGGAAAAUCCGUAACAAGCAGUCAGCUCAGGACAGUCGGCGGCGGAAGAAGGAGUACAUUGAUGGGCUGGAGAGCAGGGUGGCAGCCUGUUCUGCACAGAAUCAAGAAUUACAGAAAAAAGUCCAGGAGCUGGAGAGGCACAACAUCUCCUUGGUAGCUCAGCUCCGCCAGCUGCAGACGCUAAUUGCUCAAACUUCCAACAAAGCUGCCCAGACCAGCACUUGUGUUUUGAUUCUUCUUUUUUCCCUGGCUCUCAUCAUCCUGCCCAGCUUCAGUCCAUUCCAGAGUCGACCAGAAGCUGGGUCUGAGGAUUACCAGCCUCACGGAGUGACUUCCAGAAAUAUCCUGACCCACAAGGACGUAACAGAAAAUCUGGAGACCCAAGUGGUAGAGUCCAGACUGAGGGAGCCACCUGGAGCCAAGGAUGCAAAUGGCUCAACAAGGACACUGCUUGAGAAGAUGGGAGGGAAGCCAAGACCCAGUGGGCGCAUCCGGACCAUGCUGCAUGCAGAUGAGAUGUGAGCUGGAACAGAUCUUCCUGGCCCACUUCCUGAUCAUAAGGAAUCCUGGGCUUCCUUAUGGCUUUGCUUCCCACUGGGAUUCCUACUUAGGUGUCUGCCCUCAGGGGUCCAAAUCACUUCAGGACACCCCAAGAGAUGUCCUUUAGUCUCUGCCUGAGGCCUAGUCUGCAUUUGUUUGCAUAUAUGAGAGGGUACCUCAAAUACUUCUGUUAUGUAUCUGUGAUUUUAUUUCUUCUUUGGGUAUAGGGUUGAGGGGAAAUAAGUUUUGAGUGAGAAAUAAACGUUUUAGCUGAAAUUGUA